GACAUGCGCAGAAGCCUCCCCCGCGGCAGCGGCGGCGGCGGCGGUGUCUCCAGAGCCGGAAGGUAAACGACCUCAGCUGCCCGCGGCCCGACACCUCCUGGGUUAUGUCGGCCCAGGGUGACUGCGAGUUCCUGGUGCAGCGAGCCCGGGAGCUGGUGCAGCAGGACUUAUGGGCAGCCAAGGCUUGGCUGAUCACAGCCCGCAGCCUCUACCCCGCCGACUUUAACAUCCAGUAUGAGAUGUACACCAUCGAGCGGAAUGCCGAGAGGACCGCCACCGCCGGGAGACUGCUGUACGACAUGUUUGUGAAUUUCCCAGAUCAGCCGGUGGUGUGGAGAGAAAUCAGCAUUAUUACAUCAGCAUUAAGGAACGAUUCACAGGAUAAACAAACCCAAUUUUUAAGAAGUUUAUUUGAAACUCUCCCUGGUCGGGUCCAGUGCGAAAUGUUACUAAAGGUUACAGAACAAUGCUUCAACACGUUGGAACGAUCAGAAAUGUUGCUUCUACUUUUGAGACGCUUCCCUGAAACAGUGGUGCAGCAUGGGGUUGGCCUUGGGGAAGCAUUAUUAGAGGCUGAAACUAUUGAAGAACAAGAAUCUCCUGUUAACUGCUUUAGAAAAUUAUUUGUUUGUGAUGUCCUUCCUCUAAUAAUUAACAACCAUGAUGUCCGAUUGCCUGCCAAUUUAUUAUAUAAGUACUUGAACAAAGCAGCUGAAUUUUAUAUCAAUUAUGUCACUAGGUCUACUCAAAUAGAGAGUCAGCAUCAAGGUACCCAAGAAGCAUCUGAUUUAAUGUCACCUAGCAAACGGAGCUCUCAGAAGUACAUAAUAGAAGGGCUGACUGAAAAAUCGUCCCAGAUUGUGGACCCUUGGGAGAGGUUGUUUAAGAUUUUAAAUGUUGUUGGAAUGAGAUGUGAAUGGCAGAUGGAUAAAGGAAGACGAAACUAUGGUGAUAUUUUGCAUAGAAUGAAGGAUCUCUGCAGAUACAUGAACAACUUUGAUAAUGAAGCUCAUGCAAAAUAUAAAAACCAAGUGGUUUAUUCAACUAUGUUGGUCUUCUUUAAGAAUGCAUUCCAGUAUGUCAACAGCAUACAACCAUCUCUAUUCCAAGGUCCUAAUGCCCCAAGCCAAGUUCCACUGGUUCUUCUUGAGGAUGUAUCAAAUGUGUAUGGUGAUGUAGAAAUUGACCGUAACAAACAUAUACAUAAAAAGAGGAAACUAGCUGAGGGAAGAGAAAAAACCAUGAGUUCAGACGACGAAGACUGUUCAGCAAAAGGAAGGAAUCGUCACAUCGUAGUCAAUAAAGCAGAGCUUGCUAACUCCAUUGAAGUGCUCGAGAGCUUUAAGCUAGCCAGGGAGAGCUGGGAAUUGCUCUACUCCCUGGAAUUCCUCGACAAGGAAUUUACAAGAAUUUGUUUGGCCUGGAAGACAGAUACUUGGCUUUGGUUAAGAAUCUUCCUCACUGAUAUGAUCAUCUAUCAGGGUCAAUAUAAAAAAGCAAUAGCCAGCCUGCAUCAUCUAGCAGCUCUCCAGGGGUCGCUUCCUCAGCCGCAGAUCACAGGACAGGGGACCCUGGAGCAUCAGAGGGCACUCAUCCAGCUAGCGACCUGCCACUUUUCUCUAGGGGAGUACAGAAUGACAUGUGAAAAAGUCCUUGAUUUGAUGUGCUACAUGGUACUCCCCAUUCAAGAUGGAGGCAAAUCACAGGAGGAACCCUCAAAAAUAAAGCCCAAAUUUAGAAAAGGUUCAGAUCUGAAGUUGCUGCCUUGUACCAGCAAGGCUAUCAUGCCGUUCUGCCUGCAUCUAAUGCUGGCUUGCUUUAAGCUCCGAGCUUUCGCGGACAGCAGGGAUGACAUGGCGCUGGGCCACGUGAUUGUCUUGCUUCAGCAAGAGUGGCCACGGGGAGAGAAUCUUUUCUUGAAAGCUGUCAGUAAGAUUUGCCAACAAGGAAAUUUCCAAUACGAGAAUUUUUUCAACUAUGUUACAAAUAUCGAUAUGCUGGAGGAAUUUGCCUACUUAAGAACUCAGGAAGGUGGGAAAAUUCAUCUGGAAUUACUGCCCAAUCAAGGAAUGCUGAUCAAGCCUUCUAGCCCUCCCAUGGGGUUACUGCAGCAGGAAUUCUUACCUGUGCUUCAGCCCAGCAUACAGACUGCUGACAGGCACCACACGGUCACUCGGGGCAUCACCAAGGGCGUGAAGGAGGACUUCCGCCUGGCCAUGGAGCGCCAGGUGUCCCGCUGUGGCGAGAACUUGAUGGUUGUGCUGCACAGGUUCUGCAUCAAUGAGAAGAUCUUGCUCCUUCAGACUCUGGCCUGACCAGAGCCCUUUCCGCCAGAGGAAAGGCAGCUCCGAGCCGUGGCAUUUUUUGUGAAGACAUAAAGCAUUAUUCAUAAAUGUUGCCAUUACAACUCUUAGAAAGAAGAAAACCUUCUGAAUUCCAGCUCCUUGGUUGCUUAAAAGUAGUUCCCAAGAGUCUGAGACGCUAUUUCUAUUUUUCAGAGUCAUUUUUUGUAAUUUUUGUAAAACAAAAGAACCUCUUUUGUAAAUAAAAAUCAUCCUAAGUUUGGGGCUUUUAAAAAUGUAUUUCAAUUCUUGGUGAGUUUCUGAACAAGAGUGUGCUUUACUUAAAUGAAUAUUAUUCAUGAUCUCAAGGUCUUAUUCAUAGUUAGGCAUUGGUAGGUAUUACAUAUCAACAUACUUUCAGACCUUUUCAUUCAGGAAGUUUUAAUACCAAAAACCUUUACGCCAGAAUGAACUUGAGUGAACUUCCAUUGAGGGAGCUGUGGGUGGGGGUCCGACGUGCAGCAGCCCAGGGAAGGCACCUCCUCCCUCCCGCCGAGCCCAGGUGCCCUGUGGCGUGGCUCCCAGCCCUGGCUCUGCCCGGCCUCUUACUGCCCUGUACUGAGACAGGUUAACUCCCCUCUGCCUCAGGCUCAGCCUUGAGACACAGAGAUGAUGGGACUUCCCUCACAGGCUGUGAAGACUAAGGUUUCCCUCAUGUGACAUCUGUGGAAAGGCACCUCGUGUGUCCCGCUGGGCCAGUGUUAGCUUGCAGGUUUAUUUUCUUCUUUGCCUGCCCUGAAAUAUAUCAGGUAAACAUCUAACAAAUGCUUGUUUCUAGGGGCUUGAUUUUACUUAAGAAUGAGAGGGCUAAGAAGUUAGUUACUUUGCAUUAAAAGUUUUAGAUCUACAGUUGACCCCUGAACAACGGGGGGAGGCAUCUGGGGGCGACAGCACACCCCCCACCCACCCACUGCAUAGUCAAAAAUCCACCUAUAACUUGAUUCCCCAAAAACUUACUAAUAGCCUACUGUUGACUGGAAACCUUACUGACCUGGGGUUACUCACCUUACAGUGAGACACAAAAUGUUGAUUAACACGCAUUUUGUAUGUUAUAUGAUUUAUAUACUAUAUUCUUAAAGUAAGCUAGAGAAAAAAUGUUAAGAAAAUCAUAAAAAUACAUUUAUAGUACCGUACUGUAAAAAAUCUGUGUAUAAAU